AUGUUGUUAUCCUGGCAAAGUCGCCCAGGAUCCCGGUGCCUCCUGCUCUGGCUUCUGCUCCCCGCAGCCUGGCAGGCAGGGAGCGGCCAGCUCCACUACUCCGUCCCCGAGGAGGCCAAACACGGCACCUUCGUGGGCCGCAUCGCUCAGGACCUGGGGCUGGAGCUGGCGGAGCUGGUGCCCCGCCUGUUCAGGGUGGCGUCCAAGGACCGAGGGGACCUUCUGGAGGUAAAUCUGCAGAAUGGCAUUUUGUUUGUGAAUUCUCGGAUCGACCGGGAGGCGCUGUGCGGGCGGAGCGCGGAGUGUAGCAUCCACCUGGAGGUGAUCGUGGACCGGCCGCUGCAGGUUUUUCACGUGGAGGUGGAGGUGAGGGACAUUAACGACAACCCGCCCGUGUUCCCUGAAACCAAGAAAAGCAUAAUGAUUGCCGAAUUGAGACCUCCAGAAACUAGAUUUCCACUAGAUGGCGCAUCCGAUGCAGAUAUCGGAGUCAAUUCCGCUUUGACCUACCGAUUGGAUCCUAGUGAUUAUUUCGCUUUGGGCACGCAAAACAACCAUGAGCGAACUUCUUCGUUAUCACUUGUGUUAAAGAAAUCAUUAGACAGAGAAGAAAUUCAGGAACAUACUUUAUUACUAACAGCUAGUGACGGAGGCAAACCGGAGCUGACUGGUACAGUUCAGCUACUGAUCACUGUCCUCGAUGUGAACGACAACGCUCCGCAGUUUGAUCGGCUCAUUUAUAAAGUCAGAGUGUUAGAGAACGCACGUAAUGGAACUUUGGUGAUUAACUUAAAUGCCACAGAUCCCGAUGAAGGUACAAAUGGAGAUAUAAUCUACUCCUUCAGGCGGCCUGUAUCCCCUGCGGUGGGACUUGUAUUUAGUAUAGAUACCAAUAGCGGGGAAGUUAGAACGAAAGGCCAACUGGACUUCGAAGAAAAUAAAUUAUAUGAGAUACCCGUGGAGGCAGUGGACAAAGGGAAUGUCCCAAUGACAGGCCAUUGUACCCUUCUGGUGGAUGUACUAGAUGUAAACGAUAACGCACCAGAGAUAACAAUUACUUCCCUGUCACUCCCAGUUAAAGAAGAUGCCCAGCCAAGCACUGUCAUAGCUCUGGUCAGUGUGUCCGACCAUGACUCCGGUGACAACGGGCAGGUGACCUGCUCCCUGACCCCUCACGUCCCCUUCAAGCUGGUGUCCACCUUCAAGAAUUACUAUUCGCUUGUGCUGGACAGCGCCCUGGACCGAGAAACCACCGCUGACUAUAAGGUGGUGGUGACAGCCCGGGACGGGGGCUCGCCCUCGCUGUGGGCCACAGCCAGCGUGUCCGUGGAGGUGGCUGACGUGAACGACAACGCGCCCGCGUUCGCGCAGCCCGAAUACACGGUGUUCGUGAAGGAGAACAACCCGCCUGGCGCGCACAUCUUCACGGUGUCGGCCAUGGACGCGGACGCGCAGGAGAAUGCGCUGGUGUCCUACUCGCUGGUGGAGAGGAGGGUGGGCGAGCGCUUGCUGUCUAGCUAUGUGUCUGUGCACGCUGAGAGCGGCAAGGUGUUCGCGCUGCAGCCUCUGGACCAUGAGGAGCUGGAGCUGCUGCAGUUCCAGGUGAGCGCGCGGGAUGCUGGUGUGCCUUCCCUGGGCAGCAAUGUGACUCUGCAGGUGUUUGUGCUGGAUGAGAACGACAAUGCACCUUCGCUGCUGCCCCACCCAGCUGUGGGAGCCGGCGGGUCAGUGAGCGAGCUUGUGUCUAGGUCAGUGGGUUCAGGGCACGUAGUGGCGAAGGUGCGAGCAGUGGAUGCGGAUUCUGGUUACAACGCGUGGCUGUCUUAUGAGCUGCAGUCGGCGGCAGGGGGCAUGCGCAGUCCGUUCCGCGUGGGUCUGUACACGGGUGAGAUCAGCACGACUCGCACCCUGGAUGAAGCUGAUGUACCGCGCCAGCGUCUGUUGGUCCUGGUUAAGGACCAUGGUGAACCUGCGUUGACCUCCACAGCCACAGUGCUGGUGUCUCUGGUGGAGAAUGGCCAGGCACCCAAGAUCUCUUCCCUAGCUUCUGAGAGCACUGCAUCUUCUGAGGCAACGCUGGUGACUGUCAACAUCUACCUGAUCAUCGCCAUCUGCGCGGUGUCCAGCCUGUUGGUGCUCACUCUGCUGCUGUACACCGCGCUGCGAUGCUCGGCGACACCCACUGGGGGCGCAUGUGGGCCGGGGAAGCCCGUGCUGGUGUGCUCCAGCGAGGUGGGGACCUGGUCAUACUCUCAGCAGAGGCGGCAGAGGGUGUGCUCUGGAGAGGGUCCGCCCAAGACCGACCUCAUGGCCUUCAGCCCCAGUCUCCCUCCCGUGCUAGGCUCUGUAGAGGAGACGUCCCAGAAAGAAAGGCAUGUAGAACAUUUGAAAGAGGUAAGUUCAUAA